UAUGUGUGUGAAACAGCUGAAAAAGGAUAAGCUAUUUCUGGAAGUGUAUAAAAGCAGAGAUACUACCCUGAUAUCCCAGUAACAAUGGAGCACCUAGUCAUGGUCAACCUACUGGCGCUGGUGUUCAUAUCGCUGGUUAGUUUCGAAGUGGAGGCUAGGUUCGGGUUCUCGAAGUCCUACGCUAACCAUAUGGUAUUGCAACAAGCACCCAAAAAAUCAACAAUUUGGGGGUUUGCAUCAAAUGUGGGUGAAACUGUCACGGUCCACAUUUCCGGGAAGGGAUCAGUGACAACAACAACACGACACGGAGAUAACGGCGAUGUUGUAUGGUAUGCGCAGCUUCCGCCAAUCAGUGCCGGUGGACCAUACACUAUUACAGUUACAUCGAGGGAAGGGAAGCUAACUCUGUCCGAUGUCCUGUUUGGUGACGUGUGGGUGUGUUCUGGCCAGAGCAAUAUGCAAUUCACAAUGAGCAUGGCUUUCAAUGCAACUGCCGAGAUCAACGACGCCGAUCAUUACCCACACAUUCGUCUGAUGACAGUGUUGCAUCAUACAUCUCUUAAACCGGAAACAGACUUUCAUGGACUGUUUCAAAGCUGGUCUGUAGCUUCUCGGCACUCGGUGGGAGGCACGGAUUGGGUAAAAUUCUCCGCAGUGUGUUGGCUGUAUGGCAAGCAUCUCUACAACACAUUGAAGUACCCCAUUGGGUUGAUAGCAACAUCAGACGGAGGAACUAUAGAUGAAGCCUGGUCCUCUCCAGAUGCCCUGUCCAAAUGCCUCAAUAAAAAUCAGAUACCAGCGCCCACGUACAAGAAUGGAGCUGUGGAACAUGACACGUAUUCCAGUCUUUGGAAUUCAAUGGUGUAUCCUCUUUUGCAUACAACUAUAUAUGGCGCUAUCUGGUAUCAAGGUGAAUCAAACAGCAACCCCGCCAAAGGACUUGACAGAUACAAAUGCACAUUCCCAGCUCUGAUAGAUGAUUGGAGAAAAAAGUUUUCAGAAGCUACCGGCGGCCAAACGUCCAAUAUGUUUCCCUUUGGAUUCGUACAGCUAGCUGGGUUCAGAAACUGGAAUGUCAAUUCUGGAUGGGGUAUUUUGAGGUGGCACCAGACAGCUGACUAUGGCUAUGUCCCUAACGACAGGAUGAAGAACACCUUCAUGGCGGUGGCCAUGGACCUGCCGGAUUACAAAUCACCACAUGGAAGCAUCCAUCCAAGAAACAAGGCAGACAUCGCAGAAAGACUGUACAUCGAGGCCAUGAUAGUAGCUUACAAAAGAACUGGCAUGCUGAACCAACGAGGACCUUUCCCAACGGGAUUUACAGAAGUGGUGGACAGGAAAACAGUACAAAUUUCAUAUGCAAACACAAAGGCAACCAUUGAAAAAAGAAAUAACAAUGGAUUUGAGGUGUGUUGUGUCCCGAGGAAGGAUAUAUCUGAUACCAGAAACUUCUGUCCAAUGACCUACCCUUCUAAGCUGUGGAAGGCUGCUUCAAUCACACAUUCAGACUCAACGUCUGUAACAAUUGACUACCACGGUGCGUGUACCUCAAGCAACCCCUACCUUGGUGGCAUCCGCUACGCGUGGAAGGAAUCGCCAUGUGAUGUGAAGAAGUGUGCCGUGUAUAACAAACUUAGCGGAAGUCCUGCACCGCCCUUCAUACACUUUGUCACCCUGUAGAUGGAUCUACAAUGUAUUUUGUGACGUAUAUUGAUAAUAAUCGUAUGCGAUUAUGUUGGGCAAUGUUAAUAAAAAGGUACAUAAUAA